AUGAUUGCAAUUCCAUACUUGGCGGCAUUGAGCACCUACUUUAGCUACAGUUUGCACUUUGCCUUCGGUAAAAUCAGAGAUUGGUUUAGGAAACUUAUGGACUGGUGGUUGCGCACGUGUUUAGGAUUGGAAGAUUUUUAUAUGCGCCGCUUGUAUCUUCGCGUUCAGGAUUGCUUUGGAAGACCCAUAUCAAGUGCCCCUGAUGCCUGGUUUGAUGUGGUGGAGCGCUACACUAACGAUAAUAACAGGACCCUCAAGCUGUAUUUGAAUAAAAACGAGGGAUCGUACAACUAUCUUGGUUUUGCCGCGUCAGAUGAAUAUUGUACACCCAGAGCAAUUGAGUCACUGAGGAAGUAUUCUGCAAGCACAUGCAGUAGCCGGGUGGAUGGGGGCACUACUGCUCUGCACAAUGAAUUGGAGACAUGUGUCGCCAACUUUGUUGGUAAGCCAGCUGCUAUAGUUUUUGGAAUGGGCUAUGUCACCAACUCUGCUGUUCUUCCAGUUCUCAUGGGCGAGGGAAGUUUGAUCAUCAGUGAUUCAUUGAACCACAACUCCAUUGUUAACGGUGCAAGAGGUUCUGGAGCUACUAUUCGUGUUUUCCGGCACAAUACGCCAUCUCAUCUUGAAGAGGUUUUGAGAGAACAAAUUGCCGAGGGACGGGCAAGGACCCAUAGUAGCUGGAAGAAGAUAAUUGUUGAUGUGGAGGGGAUAUACAGCAUGGAAGGAGAGCUUUGCAAACUUCCAGGGAUCAUAGCUAUCUGCAAAAAAUAUCAGAAUGUUUUCAGGUCAGAACUUGAGAAGAUGGGUUUUGAAGUUCUUGGGGACAAUAACUCCCCUAUCAUACCAAUCAUGGUUUACAACAUAGCAAAAAUCCCUGCCUUCUCAAGGGAGCGCCUCAAGCGAAAUGUAGCUGUUGUAGCGGUGGCAUUUCCAGCAACCCCAUUAUUGUUGGCCAGAGCAGGCAUAUGCAUAUCUGCUGCUCAUUCAAAAGAAGACCUUAUCAAAGCCUUGGAGAUUGGUCUUGUUUGA